CCACCACCACCACCACCUGAACAGUCACUGUGUCUCUUGGCACCAUGAGUGGGCGCCGCCCCAAGCUCAGCCUGGGCUUCCUCACGCCCCCAGAUCCCGAGCCGUGGCGCAAGACUAGCACCGGCAGCACCACCAGCACCGCCAGCACCGCCAACAGCAUCAGCAGCGACACCAGCAGCAGCAGCAGCGAGGGCAGCACGCUGAGCGAGCUGAGCAGUAGACGCAGCAGCGCCGUCAGCGGCGUGUGUGGCUGCGGCCAGUGUGCCUCGCGGCGCCUCAGCUCGACCCUGCCGGAGGACGUAGCAGCAGCGGCAGUAGGAUCUACGGGCGCCGAGUGGCGCGAAGGCGGCGUGGCGGUGCGGCACCUGCCGCUGCACUGCGAGGCGUCAUGGACGGAGGUGUCUCACCGGCAGCUCCUGGGGCGCCACCCUCACCUGCAGGCGUGCCUCGCCGCCACGCACACACCAGAGGGCCUGCUGCUUUUACUGGAGGCGGCGCCCUGCGGGGACCUGUCAUCUUUCCUGCGUGUGGGAGGCGUGGGCGAGGAGCGGGCGCGGCGCGUGGCGCAACAGGUGGGCGCAGCCCUGCAGCACGUGCACGCCCGCGGCCUGGUACACGGCGACCUGCAGCCCCGCCACAUUCUGGUGUGUGACCGCGGCCUCACCUCCUUCAAGCUGGGUGGCUUGCACGCCGCGCGCCCACGCGGCACCCCUGUACAGGCCGGGCCCCGGGGACCCUUGGCCCCACCAGAGGUGCGACAAGGGGGCGGCGAUCCCUACGCCGCCAAUCCCGCACAGGACGCGUGGCAGCUGGGCCUGCUGCUGGUGGCCUGCCUCACUGGGGCGCUGCCCUGGGCCGCCGCGGACCCCGCUGACCCACACUACGCCGCCUGGGCCGCCUGGGCCCGCCGCGCCUCUACCAGAGUGCCGCCUGAGUUCAGGAUCUUCUCGCCGCGCUUCCUGCGCCUGCUGCGCCGCCUGCUGCACCCUGACCCGGUGCGGCGUGGCGCGGCACACAACCUGGACAAGUACCUGCGGUACCCCUGGCUGGCGGGGCGCGCCUCUGUGCUGGCAGACGCCCGCAAAGGCUUCACCAGGGCCCUCGCGUCGCUCAAGUCACACCUGAUGCACGCCCCAGCCGCCGCCGCCACCAUCACUGGCGCGCCCUGCUAGCGUCACGCCCCCACCCACCAUAACUACUUGGUGGCGCCUCGCGCGCCUCCCUCAGGGACCAAUCCUACUGUUAAGAUUAUCAUUAGGUUGUCAAUAAACACACUGUUACUGUA